UUCAAUGUGACCUGCGUCCGCCAUACCGCUAUGUCAGGACUGCACGGCAGCAGCGCCUCCAAACCGAUGCGCACUGCUUAUCAGGAGGAGGAACGACACACUUCCACCGCCUGGUAUAAAAGUCACUUUGAGCUCGAGCCAGGACCUGCGACAAAGAGGUGAAAAUGGCUGAGGACAUCAAGACCAAACUUCAGAACUAUCGCACCGCUCCCUUUGAUGCCAGGUUCCCCAACCAGAACCAGACCAGGAACUGCUGGUCCAACUAUGUGGACUUCCACCGCUGCCAGAAAGCUUUGGAUGCUAAAGGAGUAGACACUACCCCAUGCGAAUGGUACAGGAGGGUGUAUAAAUCACUCUGCCCCAAGUCCUGGAUCCAGAAGUGGGAUGACCAGAGAGAUGAUGGAACUUUCCCAGGAAAAAUCUGAGAGUGCCAUCUCUUAAAGUUGUCGGCCUGCGAAGAUGCAGCGUUUCCAGCUAAAUGUUUGUGUAUGUGGUGUGAGACCAUCAGGCUCUUUGACUGCGCUCUGUCCGAGGGGCACACCGAAACCGAGUGCUCAUUCCUUACAAGAACCAUAAAAAUGUACAGCAGAUUCUGCAUUAAAAUAUCUCAGGAUAUAUUAAAGGA